ACCAUUACAGGAUAUUGCAGCAUGAAGAAGGCGCAAAUUGUCAACUGUCAGUUUUCGGUUUGGUAUCCGAUAUUCAAGAAACAUACGAUUAAAAGUCUCAUUCUCCCACUGCCUCAGAAUGUAAUAGACUAUUUACUGGACGAUGGGACACUGGUAGUCUCUGGGAGCGACCAUAACACACAGCAGACACGCACUAACAACAGCGACUCGAACGCAGAGGAAGACGUUCAGUGGUCAGAUGAUGAGACAACCACCACUGUCACUGCACCUGAGUUCCCAGAAUUCACCUCUAAAGUGCUGGAGGCCAUAAACGCCCUGGGUGGGCGUAUCUUUCCCAAACUCAACUGGAGCGCUCCACUGGAUGCUAACUGGAUCGCUCUGAACAGUUCCCUGCAGUGUCACAGCCUCAGCGAUAUAUUUCUGCUCUUCAAAAGCUCCGACUUCAUCACCCAUGACCUCACGCAGCCAUUCCUUGUAUGUAGCGACAAAGACUCCCCAGAUCCAGUCAUAAACUAUGAGCUGGUCCUGAGAAAGUGGAGCGAGCUGAUUCCCGGUGGAGAGUUCCGCUGCUUCGUCAAAGAAAACAAACUGAUCGCCAUCUCCCAGAGAGACUACACUCAGUAUUACCAGCACAUCUCGAAGCAGGAGGCGCAGAUCUGCCAGGCCAUACAGGAAUUCUUCAGCCAGCACAUCCAGUACAACUUCCUGGACGAAGACUUCGUGUUGGAUGUCUACAGAGAUAGUCAGGGGAGGGUGUGGCUGAUCGACCUGAACCCGUUCGGAGAGGUGACCGACUCGCUGCUGUUCAGCUGGGAGGAGCUGGCGUCUGGUGGGGAAAUCACCCAGCAGCAGGAAGGCCCGGCAUUUCGUUACACCACCAGCGAGGUGACGGUGCAGCCCAGUCCCUGCCUGAGCUACAGAAUCCCACGGGACUUUGUCGACCUCUCCACGGGCGAAGACGCCUACAAACUCAUCGACUUCCUCAAACUGAAGAAAAGCCAACAGGAAGAUUCUGAAGAGGAGGAAGAGGAGAACGCUCCACAGUGACACGGCUCCUCUGAAACCUGAAGAAUAGCUGCUGGUGUCAACAGUCCUACAGUAUAUAGUGUCCUCUGCAUGAAGUGACUCUUUACCCUCUCUCCAGUUCUGCGCUUAUUUUUUAUUUCAGCCUGCUCUCUCUCACGGCGGUCUGUGAACGGUACGAGGUGCACUUGAAAAAGCAGGGUGUCUUAAAUAGCUAUCAUGUUAGGGACGUGUUAAAUUAGCAGAGCGUGUUAGCUGCUCUUUGAGGAUGCAUUUCUGUUGUCUAAUCGUUUUAAGCGCCACCUUGCUGAUGGUCAUGUGGAUGGAUUGUCUUUUUUUUUCAUGGGGGAAAAUUGUGUUACUGCAAGGAGAUGUAAUCACUAACGCUUAAAGAAUGCCUGCUUUUGUACUUUAAAAUAACCAAGCGUAACAGUUGAUGUAUCUGUCUUGCAGAGCAAAGUGUCUUCGGAUUUCAAAUUCCAUUGUACGUGUGUGUGUAUGUGAGGCAGACUUCUUUAUUUAACACUAAAGCCAUUCAUCACUGAGUCACCUUUAAUUUUUUUCUGUCCAGCCAUCCCUGCUCCUCCAUCUCUCCCUGCCAAUUUCCCUCUGAGCAGUUUUGACACGCUCAUUGCUCCGAGCCGCUCCGGGCACUCUUUUUGAGUCCUGUUUUCCCAUCAUGCAUAGCUGUAGACUGUUGCUCCAAAAAACACCAUUAAACUUCUUGUCGUGUA